GUGUGUUGAAUCGCUAUUAAAUCCCGAAACAUUUUUUUCAUCUUCACUAGCAUCGCUCCUCGUAACACCACCUGCGACACCACCAAAGCUGACUUACGCGGCGUUUCCGUCACUGGAGGUUCUAUCUGAAAUCAUUUCCGAUGUCGAUAAAAACGGUCAAAGUCGUUAAUGUUUCCUUGGGAGCAACUGAACAAGACAUUAAGGAGUUCUUUUCAUUUUCUGGUAACAUUGAAUAUGUUGAACUACGCAGCCAUGAUGAACGAUCCCAAACUGCUUAUAUUACCUUCAAGGAACCGCAUGGAGCUGAGACUGCUGUACUGCUUUCGGGAGCAACUAUAGUGGAUAUGUCAGUUACAAUAACUCUGGAUCCAGAUUACCAGCUUCCACCGGCUGCCUUCAAAUCAUUUGUGAGUCCUGAAAAGGACAGUGAAACUCCUGGUGGUGCUGAAGUUGCUUUACAGAAGGCAGAGGAUGUGGUCUCUGGCAUGCUAGCCAAGGGCUUUAUCUUAGGGAAAGAUGCUGUCAACCAAGCAAAAGCUUUUGACGAGAAGCACCAGUUAUCAUCCACAGCCUCAGCAAAAGUUGCAUCCUUUGAUCAGAAAAUUGGGCUUAGUGAGAAAAUAAGUGCUGGUGCUACAGUUGUGGGUGAUAGAAUUCGAGAUGUGGAUCAAAAGUUUCAGGUUUCAGAAAAGACCAAAUCAGCUUUUGCAGCUGCAGAACAGACAGUGAGCAAUGCUGGUUCUGCCAUAAUGAAGAAUCGCUAUGUGCUUACUGGGGCAUCCUGGGUCACAGGUGCUUUUAGUAAGGUUUCUAAGGCCGCUGGGGAAGUAGGACAGAAGACUAGAGAGAAAGUGGAGAGUGAAGAACAGAAACGAAGUGUGGAAGAUCAGCAUGCACAGGUCCUUUCUGAGGCACCCAAAGCAGCAGAAGCAAGUGAGCAGAAGCCUUCUAAGCCUGCUCCUGCUCAGGGUUUGAUCCUUUGAUUAGCUUCUUUGUAUGUACAUAUAUACUUUAUCCGAACCUCUCCCCAAGUGUUUCAGGAUGAUUAACGACCUUUGUUUUUUUCACAUCUGAAGUGAAUGUAGGACUCAUUUACUGUUGGACAUGAGUGCAAUUAUUUAUUUUUCUUCUAUAAUAUAGUUUCCUAGCUG